AUGAAAUCCAAACAACAAAUAAUUCGGGAAAAAGAAGGCCUUAAACCCAACAAAAAUAGUGUAGCUCUGCGACAGCAAAUCAGACGACCAAAUAAAAAAUGUUCUACAAUAUCUUCCACUCAGACGACAACGGACCAUCAUAUACAAACCUUGAGAACCAAUUUUGACAGUUCUUCUUUAGACGUGUUUUUACUCCAUCUGAAAACUUUGCCCCCCUCUGAACAAGAACAUAUAUUGGGAAACCUUCAAGGGAAGGAACUGGGUAAAAUUUUGAAGUCUUUGGGUCAGCCUGCAUUUUUGGGCAAAAAGAAAGAAAAACAGAUACAGACCCUCCUUGAGGCAGUGAAGGGGGGGAUGGUAUGUGUUAAGUUUCCUGAUGAG